UAGUCCUCGUCGUCGUCUCUUUACCGUGUUUAUCGUCGUCCUUCCGGUUGUUCGUGGCAAAAGUUGGAGUCGGAGACGGUCCGGAAAACUGUCAGAAGUUCCUCGGUGCGGGAGUGUGUUGUGUUGUGUUUUUUCGGUGUCCAGAAAGUGUAAAGUUUUUUGGAAGGAUUCAGUUCAGCGCUUCCGAGGAAAGUUUUCGUUCUAAGGUUGGUUUGACACAGAUCAAUUAGACGGAAGUGAGGCAGGCAAUCCGCAGUGUAGUUUUCGAUCUGCUGAAAAGUGAACAGGAAAUACAGAAACUGCUGUGUUCAUAAAUUUUAGGAACUUUUUCCCCCUGCUACGUGUGUCGUCACUUUCUGUCGCACUCUUUCUCUUUCGAUCUUUAUCCUGUGCUUUCCUAUCAGCUUAACCCGUGAACCUCAGUUCUUCUCGGUACCCGUUCAAGAAAAAAAUCACAUAUUUUAAGCUCAUUCAAUAUUUGUGACCGUGACGGACCGCUGGUUGCGGGCUAGAAUCCAGAAGCAGUGAGUGACCUGUGGUGUGUUGUGAAAACUAUUAGUUUCUUUUGAAACAGCAGUGUGUUAAGGUUUUGAGUUGCACCUGAAACAACAACAACAAAAACAACAGCGACCGACACAAGAUGGCGGCUUUCAUUGCUAAGCAAAUGGUUGGCAGUCAGCUGAACGCUGUCAAAGGAGCUGCCGGAGGCGCUGUAGGCGGCGAUGGCGGUGACGAUGAGAACGACAAAGAGAAGGAGGAGGAGGCCGAGCGCGAACGCCAAGAGGCGAUCCGUGAAGCCGAAGAACGACGAAAGGAGAAACACCGCAAGAUGGAGGAGGAGCGGGAAAAGAUGCGACAGGAAAUCCGAGACAAAUAUAACAUAAAGAAAAAGGAGGAAGUGGUCGAACAGGCACCCCAGGAGGAACCCAACCCGCUGAUGCGGAAAAAGAAAACGCCGGAAGAGCUGGCGGCCGAGGCGGAACAGGAAGAUCUGGACGACUUUACGAAUGGCGACCCAUCAAGCGGUAAUAGAAAGUUGAAAAACUCCAUAGAGACACAGGUGAACGAGAUCAAAACGCAGAUCGAGGGAAAAUGCUCCUUACAGUGAUUAUCCAUCAUCCGUAUUCAGCAGUAUAUUCAAUAAUAUUAACUCUAAUUUAAAGAAAUAAAAAAGGAAUAACAGAAAUAAGCAGAAUGCAAAUAUUAUAGAACAAAAAAAAACAAAAUAGUAAUUAUUUAAAAGAAGUGAAAACACAUGAAAAACAAAUGAUUAAAACAGAAAAAAAGUAUUUAAAUGUAAAGUUUUAAAUUGAAAAAUUCAAAUGGAGAAACAACCGAGAAAAUAAAAACCAUAAUGUAUAAGCAGCAUUAUUCACCACCACCAAAACCACACUCACAAACGAAAUCACGCAACCAACGACAGGCAAUCCAGAUAAGCAACCGAAACCCAACCAUUACCGGCACCGUUUGAAACGUAAGAUGCAAUAUAUGAGUGUGAGAACACCACAAAAGCCGCAACAUCAACAACAACAGCAAAAAGCGACGACGACACAAGCAGCACCAUCACCAUCAGAACCAUCACCGAUAGUAAAAACUGAAAGCAUUGUUUAAAACACAACAUGACAACAUUAAAUCACAGGUGAAAAAGCUCAUGAACUGAUGAAUCCAAAAAAAAAGCGAUACAUAAUAGAGAACAGGUGAAAAUUCAUUGUUAAAUAGGGACACCCAGGUGAAUCAACUGAUUAAAAAAAUAAAAGUGAAAAAAAUGUGAUUAUUCAAAAACAAAACAAAAAGGAGAAGCAUUUACCUUUUCGAUUUUCGGGUCUUUCCGUUCGAAACCGUUUUCGUUGGUGUAAAGGAGAAGUAUAUACGCUAAAGCAAAGCCAUACAAACCAAAAUUGCUUCACAGUUCUCAUUUAGUAGAAAAGGGAUAAAUUACACCGACAAAGAUCCACCAGGAACGAAACGAUGCAAAAGCGACAAGCAUUUGUGAUAACAGCAUGAUUGUUUGUAGUUGAAACUAAAAAUAGAAACGCGAAUGAGGAGCAUGUGUAAAGGAUCAAGAGGAAGGAUUUCCUGUGUUCUUAAGUCCCGUUUUAGUUUGCGAGCGUUUUUUAACGAUAAAUGAAAAAGGCAUACGCCAUCCCAAGAAAACUAGAAAAGGAAUACAUUUUAGAGCGAUAAACCGAACUAAAUUGAGAGAGCAAAAUUCUUAGCGUUAGUACAAGUCUUAUAUAUUUAGCUUGAAGUUCGUUGACAGUUUGGCAAGUGUUGUAAAACAAAGUUAUUCGCCUCUGGUUGAACACGAAGAAUAUAAGAGUGUACUCAAAAUGAAGCAUAGGUAAAUUUUACCUUUCGAACACAAACAGACACAGUGCCGGGUAUUCCAGGCGUUCAUUAAUGGAAAGAAAAAAUCGAAACUAAUCACAUUGGCCGUAGUUUACAGGUUAGUUGCUGUUACUAGUUGAAUUUUGUUUGAAAAAUGUUGAAAAGGACGUAUUAAUUUUAAUACGAUAAAUCAAUAGAAGCAAUCGUUCAUCCCAAAUUCCCAGCUCCCGAACCAGAGGAGAAAUAGAACGCGUUUACCGCCAUCGAAUUGAUGUGUUUCUAAAAAUAUUUUUUCCAAGUGCACUUCGAGACUUGACCUAGUCUCUUUGAACCAACAAAAAAAGUAUCACCAACCCAAGUGCACCCCAUACAUUCAACGCUAAUAUUUAACUUCUUUGGGUGAAAUGCUUCCUCUUUCUCUAUCGCCUGAUUCUAUUCCUUGUCAAACUCUAACAUUUUGGUAGACGCUACUGUGCUUCGUCUGUCUCAAUUUUGCUUUGAUAUUUCUUUUUUUUUCGAUAAAUGAUCCAAUUUCUGCUCAAAACAGGAUAGUUGAAGUUGAAAACUUCUGACAAAAAUUGUUCUACGGACAUUUUUGAUAGAUGACAGAACAAGCAUUGCAGAAGCCAAAACUUUCCUGAUGUUGGAAGAUUUCUGUUUUUCUACUUACUGUUGAAAAUUACUCAUAUCGAUGUGUAUUCUCCUCUGUUUCAAAUUGCAUGGAUACUGAUUUCAUCAGUAUUUUCUAUUCUACGCGUCUAUUCAUCGGAAAACAAUACAACCAGAACUUCAUUCGCGAUCUCUUACUGCACCCGUCGUAUUCUGUUGAAUGUUUAUGUCGCGCUCAUUGAUGUCGUGUCGCUAGUAAUAAAUGUAUUGAUAACAAAAGCAAAUUGCAAAUGCGUUAAUCUACUGACAGCAGCGAAACUCAAACGGUUUUAUCUGUUGAUCUGUUGACAACCAACCACCACAACAACAACACAUUACAGCUAGUAAACAAAAAAACAAACAGUAUGUUUAUCUCUCUAUCCUAUCGUUAGAAAUCAUUGAUUAGCAGAAAACGAAAGCAAAUAUUGAAUGAAAUUAGCGAAAAACAAACUCAUAAUCUCUUAAACAUUUAUCUUCAAAACAUUCAAAUUCUCUUCCUAACUAUUGAAAACAAACAUUUCCCAAACAAAUUGGCUUAACAGGAAGCAAAGCCUAGUGUUCUGUUUCUAAAUAAAUUUCAUCCAAAAGUCUUUGCCCAAAUAAAACCAUGAUCAGGUUUCCAUAAGCAGCUGAAAAACUUUCAAAAAAAAGCCUACUACGUUUUUUCACCACUUUCAAAUGAAAAAAAAAACUCAGUUUUAAAUUCACAGUGUAUCGAAAUCAUAAACACAGCUUUCACAUUGUAAACCCAGACAAGGAAGAAACCCAAUCGAAUAAUCCUGAAAUGACAGUUACGCGAAAGUGAAACCAAGACAACGUUUGUUUAUAAUUGUUGAAGAGAAUUAAAUGAACAAGUUACACAUUAAAAAUAAAACACAAAAAACUGUUAAACCUCUGUUUUAUUUGUUUCCACCGCUUUCAUCACCCGGACACAUCACCGGCACAAUCACACAAUUUCAUCAAUAACCAAAUUUCUCACCACAGGUCUCCCAUCAUCAACUAUAUAGAGAACAUUGUUAAAAUGUGCAAAUGACACAAAGUCUAAUGGUUCGUGUCAGCACAUUUUCACCGCAAACUCACCACCAUUAGCUUUUGCGAGCGUUUCUCGCAAUUCAAAAACAACAACUCACCACCAUAGCUCGAGUGAAAUAAAAAAAGACAAGAAACAUUCAAAUACAAUAUGUGUGUCAAUUAUUAUUACCAUUAAAAGAGGAAAAUCGAUAAAAGUAUAUAUAUUUAAGUGUAUA